UUGACGUAUUUUGAGAACUCUUUCAUCAUCGGUUCAACCACAUUCGAUCGAGAUCGAUCGAUAGGAUCGCGAUUGCCUCUCUUUCGUUGUCAUAAAAGGACAUUCACCACAAGUUGCACUAAUUCCUAAUUCCUUAUCAAGUCCUUUCCAAGAGGCUGUUACGACAUGGAGGCCCUAACAACGUCCCGUGGGUCUUGUGGUAGUUUCAACCAUGCCGUUUCUCGUUCUAGCGAGUUGCUUUCUUGUGCGAAGACGGCGUGGAAGCUUCGGGAGCGAGAGCAGCUUCGUCUCGACCAACAAAAGGGAAAUUUAGGCACCGGUGGACCACCCCCGCCGCCACCGCGCAACAAUCCCAAUCUUCGAUUGGCUUCAUCAGAGGGACCUCCUCCCACUUCUCUCGCCGUUUUAGACGACGGCUUUACGCUGUUAAGGGCAAUGGACUAUGGGACGAAGAAAUUGCAAGCAUUAGUGCGUAGACGAGGACAUACAAACGACCCAACACACGAGAUUGCCUCCCUCGUGAAGCAGUUGGAACAAGACUUGAAGGAGUUGACGAGUUAUUGCAAACAACUUCUGAUGAUUCGACGUCGCAAACAAGAACAACGACACUGGGAGUUGGUUGUAGAGUGGUUCCAACAAGUUGCAAGUCGUAACUCGGGGCAGUUGCAUGAAUGCCUGAAACUCAGGGGGGAAAUUUUGGCUGAACAAGCUCAAAAACAUCGAAAACUUGUAGAAAGCAGUGGCGGCAACAAAAGCAAAACGAGCGUCCCCUCCAACGGCGUCAAUCAUGGUGCAGCUUCUGUAGCACCAUCCAUGUCGGCCACUGCUACUCCUUUGUUCGAUAGUACACUUUUUACCUCACCAAAGGGAUCUCAAAAUACCUUAGGAAAAGACGAAGACGGAAAGUCCGAUAGUUUGCGACAGAGGAAUAAACGGCAACCAAAUUCCAGAAAAACGCCUUCGGCUGCGCUAAAUGGUUCUUCUUCGAAUUACUAUCGAGGAAAUACCCCAGUUGGGCCUACUAGCGGCGGCUAUGGUGCUGUAUAUGGCGGUGUUUCAGCCGGAGGAUAUGCUGGCUAUGGUGGUGGUGGCUAUGGCAGCAGUGGCAUGCGACAACGGAGAGGAGGGACCUCUUACUCAUCCUUGACCAUACCGGCGGAAGAGCAGGAAGAGGAACAAAAGGUGCACUCGCAAAUUCAAAUGAGGGAACGGAAACGACAGACUCAGCAAAGGCUGGACGAAGCGCGGCAGGCCGAAUCGACAUUAAGUGAAGUUUCCAAGCUUUAUAGCAAAAUGUCAACAUUGAUCACCCAGCAAGGGGAAACCCUAGAAAAGAUCGAAGAUGACGUGGAAUGUGCUUUGGUAGAUGUCACAGCAGGCCAAGAGGAGUUAACGAAACUUUAUGCUAUCAAAAAGGGAAAUCGGCCGCUCAUUAUAAAGACCUUUUUGAUUCUGAACUUCCUCAUAGUUUUUAUGAGAGCCUACAGGGAUAGGUAGCAUACAGCCAGUACAAGUACGAUGAAAUAGAAAACUUCAGUUUAC